AUGUCGAAGGAUGAUCGUGUCAUAAGUGGUGAAGACAAUUUCAUGUCUCUAGAUCUGGUAACUUCUUCGCACAAAGUGCAGACUUGGAGACUACAAGUCAGGGCUGGGAUUUUGGCCGAUUUCUCAAUUGUCGGGAUCAAGUUGGUCCACGUCCUCCGAUAUGGUGAAUUUGCCAAGACCUCCUCGCCAAGGUCUAUCCCGCUGUCCUAUUAUGUGGUAGUAUCAUUGUUCCUCCAUGGGCCUAUCAGGACACUCGACGUCGCUGUCGUUAUGACUUCCCAGAGAGGUGUCAAGCCCGAAGCCGACACUCAGCAAUCAAUCCUCGAUUCCAGGGAGCUCUUGGAAGACAAGGCUUUGAACGAUCGAUUGAUUCUCCAAGCCAAUGGGCUUCCACAUAACUAA